CAUUCUGCGUAAAAACCGGCGCGGUAUCCAUGGUGACAGACAAAGCUUGGAUCGCUCUUCCUGGCCAAGCGCACAGAAGGAAACAGCGUAACACUUUUUAGUGAGAUAUUGCUGUUUUGCUUCUUUCGUUUCAAGAAAAUUGGCCCAAUGGGAGAGAGAGAGUCUGUGGAGAGAGAGGAGAUGGGCCUACACAUCCCCUACUACCCUCUCCCAGAGGAAAUACAACAGAUGGAGAGGUCGGAGACUGUGUGUCAGUACUGCGGUGUGAGUUAUCUCAUCCUCCACGAGUUCCAGCUCCUCCAGGACAGGUUGGCCCAGGUGGAGAGAGAGCUCCAGAACCAGAGAGGGGCCACAGAGAGAGAGAGAGCCAAGAGAGAGCUGCUGGAACUGGGCAGAGAGGAGUGGGAGAGGGCUCUGAGAGAAGACAUCCAGAGAGGGGCCACGGAGAAAGAGAAAGUCCUCAGAGAAGAACAUGAAAAGAGGUUUGAAGAGAGGAGAUUCCUAAAUGAGGAGAUAGAAAAAAGGAGUGAGGAGAGAUGGAGAGUCUUGAAAGAAAAACUCCAACAGUCCAGCACUCAUCUGGAGGAACAGAGGGAAGACCUACAUCAGCUGGAAGAGAGGCUGAAGAGUGUGGGUUUGGAGCGAGACAUGACAGAGGGGCUGCUGUGUAAAGAGAGAGAGCUCUGCCAACAGCUCAGAGAGAGGUGCGUAAGACAGCAGCAGGCCCUGACUGCCACCCUGUCUCUGCUUCGAUGCUCUCGUGAGGAGCUAAGAGAUGUACAGGGUUUCCUUAGCCAACUGACAGGGGCCUGGGAGGACUGCAGUUCACAGCUACUGGAGAGGAGCAGGGAGUCAUACUCAGUGCUCAGGGAGGAGCUGAGGAGUGUGUGUGUCGAACUCCAGAGGAUCAGGACGGAGAGGGAGAACGUGGAGCAGAAACUCAUAGUUCAGAGCAGAAAGACAGAAGAGCUGGUGAACCAACAGACACACGCCCAGAGGGAGCACAGAGAGAGACUUCUCAGACUGUCCCAAGAGCUCAGGGAGAAGGAGGAAGGCUGGUUGUCAUGCCAAUGCAGGUGUAACUCUCUACAAUCACAGCUGUUGGCAUGUCAACAGAGAGAGGAGGAGGCAACUAUGAAGUACUCUGUGGCUGAGCAGGAAGUGGAAGCUCUGAGGAGAAAACUAGAACACGCCCAACAGAAGAGCAAAGACCUGAGGAGAGACAGUGAGAGGAUGAUGGAGUCUCAUCGUAAAGCCUUGACCAAGAUGGAGGAUGACCACAGACAGGAGCUGCCCUUCAAGCUACAGGCGGUUCUGGAGGAGCAGAGGACCCAGAAUGCUGUGCGUCUGAAGGAGCAGGAAGAGGAGCUAAAGAGGGAGGCGGGGUUAGAGCUGGUGAUUGACAGGGAGAAGAGUCGGGAGCUGCUGCUGCAGUACCAGAGAGAGAAGGAGCAGCUGCAGAGGAAGCUGUCCUCCCAGGUCCACUCAGCCACACAGGAGCUCAGAGAGGAGGUGCAGAGACUGAGGAAGAUGCAGGAGGAGAGGAGCACUAAAGAGGAGAGGCUACAGCGUGUACUGCAGCACUCCCAUCAACAGGGGGCGCUAGAGCUGAGCCAGGCCAGAACAGAACUGCAGCUACUGAGAGGAGAGAACACUGGACUACAGGAUGAGGUGGUAUUGCUUCAGGAGACAGUGAGGAGAGAGUGUGAGGAGAGAGGGGAGCUGACCGCUGCUCUUACCCAAGCUAGAGAGCAGCUCCUGGUGCUACGACGCCAAGCCUCGCCCCUGGAUCUCUCCCACCUCAAGGGCAAACACCCCCAGACAGACCUCCCACAUUCCCAGACCAAAGUCAGACUGCCCCUCACCCGCUCCUUCACCCCCCAGCACACACUGAGACCCUCCCCACCAUACACAGCCACGGGCGGGAGAGAAGGGGGAGGCGUGGGAAGGAGUGUGGCAUCCUGGCACGGUAGUGGGGGAGGAGCGAGGGAGAAAGGGAGAGGGGGGGAUCUGCCCAAACUGAGGUCCAGCAGUGAGGUCAAACACAGAGUUAAUCUGGUGAUGGGGAGGAAGGAGAGAUCCUGAAACACACUGUGUUACUCACACAGACAUUUAGGAAAAGAGAUGAAACGUGCCGCACACACAUAUAGAUGGUCACCUACACUCACAGGCACAUGAUACACUGUGGGCUGAGAAUUCUGCUUCAAUAACGUUCACAGACACUCACACUCCAUCCCAGAGACAAACACACUUGAGUUCACACACACAUUCAAACAGCCUCCCUCAGUCAGUUUCAAUGGCACGCCACAGCUUUCAGCUUUCAAACAAACACACACUCACACUCCAUCACGGGGCCAGGAGAGUAGAAGCUUGACAGCACAUCCCCUGCCACCCACAGACACAAACAAAGGCCUGACAUGCACUCACUGCAGCACACAUACACACACACACGGACACACACACACAGACACACACACACACACACACACAGACACACUCGCAUGCACAUGCGUGCACACACACGGACACACUCGCAUACACAUACACUCAUCCUCUCGAUUUGUCUCAGAGCCUUCUCUGAUACAGAUGUGCUAUAACUCACUCACACACACACUAAUGCUCAAAGAGCAUUGUCCCUCACAGGGAUGGUCUCACUCACUCACUCACACACAGACACACACACACACACACACACACACACACACACACACACACACACAC